AUGUGCUCCUUGCCGGCCCCUUUAGAGUUGGAGAAGCAAAGUCCGUUGGGGCAAACACAAUGCGCCGAAGCCGCGCCGCAGAUGAACAGGAACACCGUCAUUGUACACGACGUCGUAAACUACCUAGCCAACUCUAACGUCCGGUCUCUUGCUGGCUCUUGCUGCAGCCAAUCUAAUCUUUCGAACAAAAAUCCCGGCGUGACCGGCAAUUAUUGA